AUGUUCAUUUAGAGUCAUUAGCAAGAGGGGAAGAAUGGAGUAAAAAUCAGGCGAGUGUAGUCAAAAAAUUACAAAACCAAGUAGAAACUUUAAGUAAACGACCUGAUAUCACUGCUGAGGGUUUGCAAGAGUUAAAAAAACAAAUAACUACGCUUCAAAGUCAAUUAGAUGAAGAAAAAAAGAAAGUUGAAUUAUUACAAAAUAAAGCCAAAAAUCUCCGUGGGGCGGCCAAAAUGUCCGUCCAAGCAUUGGAAGAUUUAAAAUUAAGAAUAUCAACCGCCGAAAAUGCUGAUUUACAAACCAAAAUAGAAGUUUUAACUGAAAAAACCAAACCCCAACUAACAAGCAGUUUCUUACCGACAAAAAAGAGCAAAAUCAAGCCCACAGCCGCCAAACCAGCAAAAAAUUACGUCAGGAAAUUAACCGGAUGGAAAAUAACCAAUGCCUUAACCGAAAAAGAUAAUUUAUUAGUUGAAAUCUCCCAAAUAAAUAACCAGCGGGGAGUUAAAAUAUUGGAAUUAACCCAAGAGUUAGCCCAAAGACAGAAAGAUACUGGUGAUUUACAAGCCCACCGUGACCAGGAGAAAGUGGAAAAAGAUUUGUUGGAAAAAGCCAACCAGCAACUAACUGAGAAAUUACAAGCAAUUGACCAUAAUCUCACCAUAGCCAAAAACGAGUUAAAAACUGCCAAAAGCAAAGCUAACUUACUGGCUGCCAAUCAAGCGAAAACUAAGGCAGAAAAGGAAAGAGACCAAAGAGUUAAUAUCACCCCAACCGCUUAUGACAAAUUAGUUGUAGAAAAAGACCAAUUAGCCAAUAACCUAACGGAGUGA